GGAAAAACGCGUUAUUCUUUUCAGUUAAGAUUUUUUUUUUCCAACUCCCAUCCAAAUGUAUUCAUCAUCUCCAAAUCUCAUCUCCAUUUUUUUCUACCACUUCUCCUCCUCCUCUUCUUCCUGGAUCCUUCCUCAUAAUCACCAGUAAAAAGGAAAAAUGGUUUUGGCUAUAGUAUUACUAGCAAUUCUUUUCCUAAUUGGUUUCAUCAAUACACUUUUCUAUAUCCCUCCAAACAAACUCUUUGUACUGAUCCAAUCUUAUUUCCUAAAAACAUUGUUUUCACAAGAAAAAAAUCACAAGGAAGUGCCAAGGAACAGUAGUACUAGUACUACUUCUAGUAGUGACAGUGGUACUGUUGUUACUAGUGAUAAGAAUCAUGGUCAUGGAAAAAUGGAACUUGAGAGAGUUUUUGCAACUUUUGAUAAGAAUGGAGAUGGGUUCAUAACAAAACAAGAACUUGGUGAAUCACUGAAGAAUAUUGGUUUGUUUAGUGAUGAGAUUGAAGUUGAUAGUAUGGUUGCAAAACUUGAUGUGAAUGGUGAUGGGUUAAUUGACAUUGAUGAGUUUUGUGAAUUGUAUGAUUCAAUUAUGGGUAAGAAGAAGAAGAGAGAAAAAAAACUAGGUGAAGAACAAGAAGAAGAUGAGGAUGAUGAUGAUGUGGAUGAUGAAGAAGAAGUAAUGAAAGAAGCUUUUGAUGUUUUUGAUGGAGAUAAAGAUGGGUUAAUCAGUGUUGAGGAAUUAGGUAUAGUUUUGAAAUCUCUAGGGCUGAAACAAGGGAUGAAGGUUGAAGAAUGUAAAGAAAUGAUAAGAAAAGUUGAUAUGGAUGGUGACGGUAUGGUUAGUUUUGAUGAGUUCAAAUUGAUGAUGAAAUCUGGAACUAAUCUCAUUCAAGUUAUCUCCUAGAAGAAGAAGAAGGACCUUUGAUGGAUCUACUAUGGGUUGGAGAUUUAUCCAACGAAAAAUUAGUUGGCUCGUAUUGAAGGACCAUGAAGAAGUUACGGCAUUUGGGGAGUGGAGGUCAGUUUCCCACUUGGAAGGAAGAAGUGACUCCUACCUUGUGGGAGUUGCUCCUUGGGACUUUUGGGCAUGAAGUUGUAUCAAAAAAUGUCUAGAUUUGAUUGACAUGGGGCAGAGGCCUUAGGACAGUGUGAACAAGUUUCAGACUCUCAGCACUGAAAUACUACUUUGAUCAAGAGUCUAAUCUUAAAUUCCUUGAAUUGGAACUUUGGGAUUCUAACCUUCUUCAUUGCAAAUUCUUUGUUUGUUUUUUGUUCUUUAAGUUUUCGUUUAGAAUAGGCCAACUCAGUUGCCUUUUAUGUUUGUACGUACCUUGUAAUCAAGCCCUAUAAAUAUAGAGUUAUUUUUGCUAUUUA